AUGAGUGAAGAGACCGUCCCCGAGGCCGCCUCCCCGCCGCCCGCGCAGGGGCAGCAGUACUUCGACCGCUUCUCUGAGGACGACCCCGAGUACCUGCGCCUUCGCAGCCGCGCGGCCGACCUGAGGCAGGACUUCAACCUGAUGGAGCAGAAGAAGCGCGUCACCAUGAUCCUGCAGAGCCCGUCUUUCAGGGAGGAGCUGGAAGGCCUUAUCCAGGAGCAGAUGAAGAAGGGAAACAACUCCUCCAACAUCUGGGCCCUGCGGCAGAUCGCGGACUUCAUGGCCAGCACUUCCCACGCAGUCUUCCCAACAUCUUCCAUGAGCUUCUCCAUGAUGACGCCCAUCAAUGACCUCCACACAGCCGACUCCUUGAACCUGGCCAAGGGGGAGCGGCUCAUGCGGUGCAAGAUCAGCAGUGUCUACCGCCUCCUGGACCUGUAUGGCUGGGCCCAGCUGAGCGACACCUACGUGACGCUGAGAGUCAGCAAGGAGCAGGACCACUUCCUGAUCAGCCCUAAGGGAGUCUCUUGCAGUGAAGUCACAGCAUCCAGCCUGAUCAAGGUGAACAUCCUGGGAGAGGUGGUGGAGAAGGGCAGUAGCUGCUUCCCCGUGGACACCUCGGGCUUCUGCCUGCACUCGGCCAUCUACGCUGCCAGACCCGACGUGCGUUGCAUCAUCCACCUGCACACUCCGGCCACGGCGGCGGUGUCAGCCAUGAAGUGGGGCCUCCUGCCUGUGUCCCACAAUGCCCUGCUGGUGGGGGACAUGGCAUAUUAUGACUUUAAUGGCGAGAUGGAGCAGGAAGCUGAUCGGAUCAACCUGCAGAAGUGCCUUGGACCCACCUGCAAGAUCCUGGUGCUAAGAAACCAUGGAGUGGUUGCUCUGGGUGAUACUGUGGAGGAAGCAUUUUAUAAGAUCUUCCACCUACAGGCUGCGUGUGAGAUACAGGUGUCUGCUCUGUCCAGCGCGGGGGGCGUGGAGAACCUCAUCCUGCUGGAACAGGAGAAGCAGCGACCUCAUGAGGUGGGCUCUGUGCAGUGGGCAGGGGGCACCUUCGGGCCCAUGAGGAAGAGCCGGCUGGGGGAGCACGAGUUCGAGGCCCUCAUGAGGAUGCUGGACAAUCUGGGUUACAGAACAGGCUACACCUACCGCUAUCCCUUCGUUCAAGAGAAAACCAAACACAAAAGUGAGGUGGAGAUUCCAGCCACGGUCACUGCCUUCGUGUUUGAGGAGGACGGCACCCCAGUGCCUGCCCUGCGGCAGCAUGCCCAGAAGCAGCAGAAGGAGAAGACCCGCUGGCUCAACACGCCCAACACCUACCUGCGGGUCAACGUGGCCGACGAGGUCCAGAGGAGCAUGGGCAGCCCUCGGCCCAAGACCACAUGGAUGAAGGCUGACGAGGUGGAGAAAUCCAGCAGUGGCAUGCCCAUACGGAUCGAAAACCCAAACCAAUUUGUGCCUCUCUAUACUGACCCCCAAGAAGUGCUGGACAUGCGCAACAAGAUUCGAGAACAAAACAGACAGGAUGUGAAGUCGGCAGGGCCCCAGUCCCAGCUGCUGGCGAGCGUCAUCGCAGAGAAGAGCCGAAGCCCGUCCACAGACAGCCAGCUGAUGUCCCAGGGCCAGGCGGAUGCCAAAGACGAAUCCGAGGAGACGGCACCCAACCCCUUCAGCCAACUCACGGACCAGGAGCUGGAGGAGUACAAGAAGGAGGUGGAGAGGAAGAAGCUAGAACUGGAGGGAGAGAAGGAGCCUGCCCCAGAGGAACCUGGCUCCCCUGUGAAGUCUGCACCUGCUUCUCCAGCUCAGAGCCCAGCCAAGUCCGAGCCGAAGAGCCCCGUGGGCUCUCCCUCCAAAUCUGUGGAUGAAGAGGCUAAGCUGACGGAAACAAGCAAAGACACCACAGAGCCGGACGUGACGCAGCAGGAAGGAGUGGUGGUCAAUGGGAGAGAGGACGGGCAGACGGUGGAGGACACCCUCAGCAAAGGCCUCAGCCAGAUGACCACCAGUGCUGACACGGAUGUCGACACCUCCAAGGACAAAACCGAGUCUGUCACCAGUGGCCCCAUGUCCCCAGAGGGCUCACCUUCCAAGUCUCCCUCAAAGAAGAAGAAGAAAUUCCGCACCCCAUCCUUCCUGAAGAAGAGCAAAAAGAAGGAGAAAGUGGAGUCCUGA